AUGGGCAAUCUCCAAUCCACUUCGACUAAGAACGACAACCGCCGUUCCAAUCGCCUUUCCAAGCCUUUGACCAAGAAGUUCACAUUCAGCUCCCCACACUUAUCCCGCUCAGAAUAUGAAUCUGCAGAGCUAGCUUCCGGCUUGAUUGGAUGGCAGAAUCCAUGGGUGGGCUCAACAAUCUCGGAGGUGAAGAACGCCCCUGGUUUACAAACGAGUGAGGCUCCCUCUCCGACCGAGCCAGAACCAGCUUCCCUGGAGCCAGGGACACCAAAGGAAUCAGUUUCGCCUCGUGAUGCUCUACCACCACGCUCCAGCUCCCUCUCGGCCGGCUCUGGUGGUAAAAGAGCCAGCCAGCCAGUGAUGUCACCGAAUUCCUCACCAUCAAUCGCUGCGGAGCAGCCAAGGCGGGCGAAUUCGGUUCAAAUUAGUCUCCAAAGACAACGGAGCGCCAUCUAUGACAAUGCUAUGGAAGAUGCAGCAUCCUCGAACACCCAUUUCUUGGUGGGCAAUCAACGCUUCUCAUUGACCCGUCGACGGUCUUUACUGACCCGCCCUGGGGUGGCAACUCGACGGACCACAGGCGCAAUUCGACGCAUGCCAUCACCAAUUGGGGAGCCAGAGAUGGACGAUUCAGAGUCAACUCUUUCACAUUGGUGUCUACCCCCGCGGCAGCGACCCCCACUUGCGUCUGCACUACCGGCACGGCCCACAAGCCCCGCGGAUGCUCGAUACACUCAACUUGGAGCGCUGAAACUUGGUUCUCUGCGCGUAGUCAAUGGUUCUGCAUCCCCGUGCCCAAGCGAACGUAUUCCACUCAGCCGGACUCCAGGGCUUGGUCUCGAGGCUAUUCAGACGACGUGUCCAGCGACGCUGGAGCCAUGCUCGGUGUCUGACAUGAAAAGGCCUGAUGAUGCUCCAGGGAGCCCAUUCUCCUUCGAGAAGUCUCCUACAAUCACCGUACCUCCGCGGGGAAAGACUUUGCUCAGAGAGCUGGACGAUGAGGGAAUUGCCAUGUGUGAUGAGAGCCAGCUUGAGAAGUGUCCCAUGGGAAUUGGAUUGGACCGAAGCACAUCUCGAUCACUCAACAAGUCUGAUAGUGGCUAUAGCUCCGCCACUUCGCUUCGCUCAAUCCAAGGCAGCCGAACAAGGGCGUCUUUUGACUCUCAGACGUCGGUGUCGUGUACUAGGGAUGAGAAGAUCCAGCUCCGCUUCCAAGAGAAAUCCGUUGGAAAUUACUCUCGGCCACAUCCUACUUCGAGUCGCUGGUAUGAUAAGAAUGGCGCCAAUGCGCAGAUGCGACCUGGAACGAGGACACGUCGAUCUACGCUGUGCGCACCUCGAUACACAGAAUACCCCACCCAGAAGGAUCUCGCGAUCGAGUCAAGCAAUUCUCCAUAUCCGUUUGCUUUCCAGGAGGGGCAGGCGAAUUACAACAGAAGCAAUUUCUACAUGGAUCAUUUCUGCGCCACAGCGCUUGAUAAUUCAUGUAGCUCAAGCUCAUCGGCCACGUUGGAGACAACAAGCAGCUCUCAACGAAAGGCCAGCACAGAGAUUCAAUCCCGGAUAUACCGAUCUGCAUCCGAGCAUCGCCUCCACGGAAACGAGGAGUACGACACAGGGGCCUCGCACUCCCGAGCUCGAAACCAACGAAGCGGUCGGGUGUGGUGCCAAAGACCUGGCAUCGAGGUGCCACCUCUGCCGACGAUCUUGUCUCCUGAUCAUCUUCAAGUUGGAGAAGAUAAUGACGGGGAAUUUCCUCUCAUUGAGUCCCGAGGCCGGCCCCGCAGCCGUAGCCAGGACCAACGGCCUCGCAAGCUGACGAAAGCGCGUCCACGGCCUGAUGUUCAUAUGUCGACUUCUUUUGCACUUGGCUAA